AUGUAGAAGACAAUUAAGGAAAAUAAUGAAGGGCAGGUGGAAAAAUUUGUAUUAGUUUAGCUACAAGAUGAUGAUCAAAUAAAUAGUUUUAACUUGCAGCAUUAUUAUUCUCAAUCUAGGGUGAAUAUGGGAGAUUCACUUCACAUAUAGUUAGGAGACAAUAUUAUGUUUGUUAAAGAAAUAGUACAAAAGAUUUUAGAAGGACCAUAUAAUUUGUUAAAAUAAAUUAAAUUCGAAUUAAAAGGAGUUAAAUAAGAGUUUAGUUUGAGAUUUAUGAGUGAAAAUUUUUUUUAAUUGUGUUUUGAAAAUGAAAUAGGAGAAGAUAUUUUCUAAAUAAUUGAAGAAUUUAUUAUAAUACAAUAAUAGGAUAUAAAGUAAUUAGAGUUCUUUUACAAGUACCAAAUAGAUACACAUUACAACUAGCUUAUAUUUAAUUUAGUAGAAGAAAAAAUAAAAGGUUUGUUGCAUGUUUCAUUUAUAUUUUAAAUAAAUGACAUCAAAAAAGAUUGGAAGUAAUCUGUAUUAAACAAUAUUGGCUGCAUGGAAUAAGUAAUAAUGAUUUCUACUUGCUGGAAUACAAAACUUACACAAGAAGAUAUUUUAUAUAUUCUUAAUAACUGCAAGUCUAAUAAAUAUCUUCUUUUGUAAACAUAAAAUCUACAUUUAUCUUUCAGAGAGCCUUUAAUUGUAAAAAAAUAAUAAAAAGAAGUAACUGAAUUGUAGAAGAUGAUUGAUUAGAUUAAAUCAGAAAAGUUUUUUUAUUUAGAUAUAAGUUUUUUUAAACCUGGCUUGAUAGAGGAUUGCGAUGUAAUGGAGAUGAAAGAUUUAUGGAGAUGGAUUUAAGAAAAAGUUAGCUACUAUACAUCCAUUAAAAUGAAAUUUGCUACAUCGUAAUAAAUUAACAGAGUCAUUUUACCGAUUCUAGAUGCUAUUUUGGAAAAAAAGUAAUCUAUUUUAAUAGAAUCUUCUGAUAUCAAGUUAGAAUAUCAACUACCAACAAGAAAUCUUUUUAUUCAUAGCAAAGAAGACUAAUAACAAAAAAACAUUUUCAAACCUCUGGACUGGUCUUUUGUUUAACCUUUUAUAAGUUAAUAUAGGCUUAUAACUGAUAAGUUGCAUUUAAAUCUUGAAAAUACUUCAUUUAGGAUAAGCAACAGAAACUUAUAUACUUAAAUUAUAGAUUUUUCUAAAAUUAAUCAUAAAAUAAAUCAUUUUACGAUUAUUGCCCCAUUAUUUAUUAUAUAAUAAGAUAUAAAAUUAAAAAAUAUUUGGAAUUAAAAUUUAUUGAGUCUUUCAAUUUUAGUAAAUUAGCAAAUAUAACCUAGCACAAUUUCUUAAAAAGAAAUAUAAUAGACUAAACAAGGGUCAUCACUUUAGUCAUCUUAAUAGAAUUAACAAAAAUAAUAAUUUACUUAGCAACAAAUUUAAGUUAUAAAAUCUGUGGAUAACAAAAUAGUCACAGCAGUAAAAAGAUUCAGAAACAAUUAGUAUUUAAUGAUGAUAUAAGAUCUAGAGUUGGCUCAUUAAGCAUACCAUUUAAACUAUAUUUUAAAGAAUCAGUCAUACUUUAUGCAAUAUAUAUUCAAAAACGAUUAAAAAAAGUAUUAAGUUAAAGAUAAUUCAGUGAAUUUGUUUUUAGAAACAGAAGCAAAAUAAAAAAUACUUAAAGAACAACAAGAAUAAGUUCAAUAAAAUUUAGAGAAAUAAGAAUAAUUAAAAAAUGUUGAAAUUCAAACAAAACACUUUUUCUGCUAUGAAUAAAACUCUAAGUUGAAAAGCAUAUCACUCAAGUUAAACAUGAGGAACAAAAACCCCGAGUUUUUUAAUCAAUUAGUUACAAUCAGAGAUUUUACGAUAAUUCAUGAUUUAGACAUUAUUUUGCAAGCAGAAACUGCAGAUGGUUAGAUAGAUUAACUGCUAAAAUUCUUUUCAAAUUCUAAGUAUCUCAAAAAUAUAAAAAUAAAAAUAUUUUCUUUAAGUCUUCAUGACUUGAUUCCAAAACUAAUGAGAUUUAUUAAGUCUAAUCUUAAAGAGUUACUUACUUUAUAAAUAAUAAUUGAAGGAAUAUACAAGGGUAGUAUACUGUAAGAAAGCAUUUAAAAUAUUGUUAAUUUGCUUCCAUUUAAAGAAUAGCAAAAAAAAUUUUCAAGUGGUUUUUUAAAAUUUUAAGGUUUAAAUAAUUUAGGAAAUAUAAGUAAUAUGCUAUAAAUAAUAAAAAACAUUGGAAAGGAACAAGUUAUUUCAUUAAAAACAUAAACAUUAGAUCUUUCUAAAAAUACAGAAAACUAAUUUAAUAUAAGAGUUGACUGCUAAGACUCAAAUCAGGAUUAAGUAUUUGAUCACUUUAUCAUCAUUCAUUAAACUUAUUAAGAAUAUUCUAUUAAUUCUUUUGAUACAAUUAUCAAUGAAUAUUAGCUCGAAUCUUUCUUUAAGUUUGUUAAUGUGUAUAUUGAUAAAAUAAGAAUUUUAAAAGUACUAAUUUUAAAUAUAGAUGAUGAUAAAAACAAGGCUGAUACGCAUGAAAAGUUGUUAAAAAUAAUGUAAAGUUAUAAAAAUUUUGAUAGAUUUGAACUCAGAUUUAGAGACAGAAACAGCAAAGAAGACUCUUUUAUGAUUAUUUAUGAUAAUCUUAAAAAGUAUCUUAAUAUCUAUUUUCAAGGCAACUAAGUUUAUUCAAUCGACUUUAAUUAUGAUAGAUUAAUUAAUAUCUGCUCAAAAAUAUAAAAUCUUUAUGAAAAUGAAUUAUAGUCUUUGAAAAUUGAGUUAGUAUUUGACAGUGAAACUAGAUUUUAGAGAUGCAUGCUGAAUAGUUAAGUUAAAAACAAUUUUAGAAAAGAAAUAAUAUGGGAUUCAAUAUCCUUGAUGAUUUUUGGAUAAAUGCAUUUGAAUUUAAAACCACUUUUAUUAAAAAAAUUCUAAGUCAACGAUAUUCUUAUGUCAACAGAAGAUAAUAAAUAAUAGUAAAAAGAUAAUUGUCUUCAGUUAUUUGAAGAAAAAAAGUUAUAUUCUUGA